AUGUUGGUACAACAGUUGGAUGACUGUAUACCGGACAGCCUGGAGGUAUUUCAAAUAAGUAUUAAAGGAAUUUGCAAUUAAUACCAGUAGUUACAAGGCAAUAGUUUGCACUAUGCUGGCCUCCACUUUCCUACUGAAUGUAGUUCUUUGAGUCAAGUAAUUAUCCCUCAUGGACCAACUUAGGUUACUGUUUGAAGUGCAUGGCCUGGAACUAUCACAUGAUCAAAUGGAAAAUAGCCUGUAUUGUCUGGUAUGAGACAGUGUGUUUCCUCCAGAAUAUGAGUCAUGGGAUCAAGGAACCUCAGAACUGUAUUUUAGCAGUGCCUGGUGACUUACAUUUGCCCUGCAUUUUUUUGCAUAGAAAUCGUAUGCUGGGCACCCAGAUUUCACAGGUUUUGAGUACUGGGCACCUUUCAUUUUUUUCCUAGAGCACAGCUUUGGAAUCUACCCUCCAGCAACAGAUUGAGUUACUUGUUUUAAAAAUGAGCAUGGUCACCAGUUUUUCAGGCAAUUGAAGACAGGAAGUUUAAUCUAGUUAGCCAGAACCCCCAAUAGGUGGUGUCUGUUAUCAUGCCAGCUAUCUUCCUUUUUGAAAGAGGGUCAUCAAAUCAAGGAAUCAUUCCUCCACCACUAGCUUUCAAGACAUAAUAUUGUUGAAAAUCUGAGCAGCAUGGCCUGUAAUAAUUAGAUGACAGAAAUGCUCAACUUAGUAGUCAGAACUCUUUCAUCUGAUCAUGGGUUAUGGGCUUAAUAUAUUUACAUCUUUUUAGGUCCUUUAAGUCCCAUACGAAAACAUUCUUAAUGUAGAAAGUACAAAGUAAAUUCAUGGUAGCUUAAUGCUUAUAACUGUACAGCCCGUUUGACAUUUUAAUAUAUACAAACCAAUGGUGCUUGAUUGCGGCACAAUUUAAGACCAAGGGAACUGGUCCCAAACAAGAUAGCACUUUCAUAGAUGUACAAAGCUUUAACCCUUUUUAUAGUUUUCACAAGACAGUGAUAAUGAAAAAUUGUUUAUAGCCAGACUCUUAUCGUUAUGAGACAUGCAUGUAAACAUUUUCCUGAAACAGUUAAACAUUCAAUACUGAAAUAAUUUGUUUCUUUACAUCUAAUUUUCAGCUUCAUCAAGUCAAUAAUGAGUAAGUCCGUUUUUCUAUGCUACUGAUUAUCAUCUGUUAACAUCCGUCUUAUUUUGUACAUUUCAUUCUGACAUUUCAUACUUACUGCAGUGAAUUAGUGGGUAUAGUAUGAAGUGGACAGCAGGGUAUCCGUUGAAGUUCAAUUUUAUCCUUGGUUGAAAUAUUAUUUUCCUUUGUUUUGGGGUAUGGUAAUGUAUGAUAAUGAGUUUGGAACAGCACAAAAAGCACAAAAAUACACUUUCUGUGGAGUAUUGCCAUUUUAUAGGUUUCUGAUGUUAAACAGCGAUCAAACCAGCUUUUGAUGUUAGCCUCACAUCAUAUUCAGUCUAUAACAUAUUUUCCAAUACACAUAAAAAUGUACAAAUUUAAGGAUACUUAACAAUAACCAGUUGUAUUCACCUUGACAAAACGCUUACAAGUCAGAAAAAAUAAUUCUAUCAUCUUUCUACAUGCUUCAAUAUUCAGUGGUGUGUAAUGUUAAAAAGCCAUACCAUCCAGUCCAUUCUGCAGAACUAGUGUUAUCUUUUGCAUUUUUCAAGGGAGCAAAGAAGAGCGCAAGGUGGAAUGGAGCAUGAGACACAUGUGACAGGGUAAGAUGUGUGGACAGGGGUGAUUUUUUUCUGCACCUUCCCCCGUUGUGGAGUCUCAAGCCCCACACCUACUUCAUACUUGCCUUUGCUUGCCCAAAAAUAGAAAAAAAAAACCAAACAUCUGUUCUGCAGGCUAAUUCCAGUCAAAAGUUCUUGGUGCUCUUUAACAAGCGACUAUGUGUGCACUUCUCAAACACAGCAACUUUGAAAUGAAACAUUGAAUAAAUUAUCAUCAAAAGUCACUUCUCCAGCAAGCUAUUACACAAUGAACUUUAAUGUAAGAAGCCAACAAAUUUUAAGUCAUCAUUUUAAUUUACAUACUAUUUAAUUCCAGACAAAAUCUGCUAGAACAACAUGAACAACAAUUUAUUCCAGACAGCCUGGAGGUAUUUAAAUAG